AUGUCAACUGGUAUCUUCCACUUCCGUGCUACCUAUAUCCACCACACCCACGUGCUAAUCCCAGUCUCGGCACAGUGGAAGCCAGCUUCGCUAUCAGAUUGUCCAACAAAACGAGGCGGCCUCUUUGAUCCUUAUAACUCUUCGACAUGGAGAAAUCAGGAUGAACGUCCUAGAUUGAGAAAUUCCUCCACCCAAGCAACCUACGGCACAGAUACAAUACUUGUGGAUUUUACGGAGGUGUACGAAGACCAGCUUAUCAUUAUCAAUGAUAAGGAUACCUGGAUUGGAUUGCUUGGCCUCGCUGUGAGCUUAAGCGACCAUGCUCUAAGCGAGCACACUGACUUUUCUACCUUUUCCAUGAUGGAACAGGCCUAUCUCAACAACAGUAUCGCUCCCAGCGGAACAUAUGGCUACACCGCUGGCGCCCACUAUCGGUUAAAGGGUGUUCUAGCCUCUCUUACAAUUGGAGGUGUAGAUCAGGACCGAUAUAGUACUAAUGAUGCCAUUUUUCAUCUGACCAGGAAUCUGGUUCCUGUUGUUUCACUGAAUACCAUAUCAAUUUCGUCCGACUCAGAAGAUGAAAAAGGCAUCUUUACACAUCAUCAAAUCGCAACCUCUACCCCGGGAACUAGCUCUCUCUACACUCUUGACUCCUCGACUAGCUACAUAUGGCUGCCGGAAAAUGCCUUCAAUACCUUUGGCCAAGCUUUCAAUCUUACCUAUGAUGAUAAUCUAGGUUUUUAUACAUAUGGAAACGAUACAUCACUCCGGCAGCGUCUACUGGCUAUGGGCUUGUCAAUCACAUUCUCCAUUUCCGACUUUCCCAAUGCCUCUCACGGUGUGAAUAUAACACUCCCCUUCCAAGCCUUUGAUCACUCACUCUCCUAUCCAUUCCCGAAUUUACCCUCCGAGUAUUUCAACACUUCACUUCCCUAUAUUCCUGUCAAAAUGGCAUCCACAAAUGAGGAACAGCGUAUCGGCCGAGUUUUCUUCCAAGAAGCAUACCUAGCAGUCGACUACGAGAGAGAGCAGUUCUCUGUCUACCAAGCCAAAUUUGACGAUGAUCUUGUCGACGAGAGCAAGGAUAUCAUCCGCAUUGAUUCCUAUAUCGAAAGGUCAUUGGAUAUCUCAUCCGGGAAACAAGGUAUUCCGGCGGGAAUUAAAGCUGGAAUUGGAGUUGGUACCGCGGUUGGAACUGUCUUAGCCAUAGCGACUGGAUUCAGGGCAUUCAUAUAUUUACGGAAACGUCGAUUUGCAAGGGAAGAAAAGGGUGAAACUUUGGAAGAUGGUACGAUUAGCCUCGACUAUUCGUCUCAUAGGCCUGGCGAGCUUGAUGGCGAGCAUGAAAAUCGACUUGAAAUGGCAUCGGAUAACUCUAAUGCCGUUUUCGAACUACCAGGAUCUGGAUCAGCUGAGCUAGAUGCUAGUCCAACUUCCAUACAUGACUCGGAUCAUGCGGCGAGUAAACCUGAGGAAAGACGAAUCCCACGGCAUUCGGAAACCCAGUCGAGUAUUGCUGCUUCCUUAUCUUCCCUAAUAACGGAGAGUUCGGAUGAUGAAGGUCCGGCACCAAGGAAGGGACAUACUGCUAGCCCUCCAACAUAUACGGUGUCUACAUCUACGUAG